AUGCCCGAGUCGUCCACGCUGGCGCUGGCCGAGCGCCGCCGCCUGCGCAAGUGCGAGAGCACGCAGCGCUGGCGCAGCAAGAAAAGCGUCGCUGCGCUCGAGGCCCGCGUGGCCGAGCUCCGGCUAGAGCACCCGGGCAACCUCCACGCGCUUCGCUAUGACGCGCUCUUACAGACCAAGAACGAACUUCUUCGGCACAACCGAGCGCUGCGCGAAGCCAUCGAGCGGCGCUCUGCACUGCCACACAUCAUCGCGCGUAGCAUGGCGGCGAGCCGUCUGGAAGUCACGCGCAUCUUGCACGACGACUUCUUUGUCCUUGGCCAAGUCCAAGCUGCCAUGCGCCUCGUCGCUGUGCAAGUGCCGUCGGCCUUUACGAGUCCGACGUCGGAGACGAUCCUACUGCAACGCGGCGGGUGGGCCCUCCAUGGCCCGUCGACCGACGAUACCAUCCAAGCCAUCGGCGCCCGCUUCUGGGCCAUGCGCAACCGCGAAGACUUGUACCUGCAGCUCCACGCCAACGCCGCGAGCUUCCAGGUGCUACGGGAGCUGCGCGACGGUCUCAGCGUCGCGCGGACCAUGCCAAAGAGCGUCAUGGCACCACGUUUCCUCAUCCAGAGUCUCGUGCAUGUUCGUGAUGGCUUCGACCACACGCUCGUCUUCCUCUCGCCCGACCUCGAUCGCAUCACAGCAGCAGUCGAGCUGCAGUAUCGCCUGCAGAGCGGUCGCCUCGUCGCGCAGGUUCACGCUGUUCAGCAAAAUGCCAACAAGGACAUCGGCAUCGACACGGCGUCUGCGUUGCACCUCUUGACCUACGUGGCAGGCGAGCUCAGCGAGAUGGAGCGCUUGAUCCGGCUUGUCACGUAG